AUGAGUUCACAUAAAAUUUUAUUUUUCUUUUGUCUUUUUAGUUUCGUUGUUUGUUUUUGUGAAGCACUCAACGGUUUUAGUGUUGAAUUAAUCCAUCGUGAUUCUGAAAAAUCACCGUUCUUUCAACCAAACCAAAAUAAAUAUCAAAGUAUUAUCAAUGCCGCACGUCAAUCAAUCAAUCGUGCCAAUCAUUUUUACAGAACUGCUGCAAAAGAUGCACCUGAAUCAACCAUACUCCCCGAUGGAGGUACAUAUCUCAUGACAUAUUCAGUAGGUACUCCACCAUUUAAACUGUUCGGUAUAGCUGAUACCGGUAGUGACAUUGUUUGGCUUCAAUGCGAGCCUUGUGAAACAUGUUUCAACCAAACUACUCCUAAAUUUAAGCCAGCACAAUCAUCUACUUACAAAAACAUUCCUUGUUCGUCUGACACAUGUCAAUCCGUGAGAAGUUCGAGUUGCGGCACUAAAAACAAUUGUGAAUAUACUAUUACAUAUGGCGAUGGAUCACAUUCAGAAGGAGAUCUUAGUGUUGAUACAGUUACAUUUGAAUCCACUACUGGUGCUUCCGUUUCAUUUCCUAAAACCUUGAUAGGAUGCGGAACAGACAACACCGUUUCUUUUGAUGGCCGAAGCUCUGGUAUUGUUGGCCUCGCUGGUGGACCGGCGUCUUUCAUAACACAGCUAGGAUCCACAAUUGGUGGUAAAUUCUCUUAUUGUUUACCACCAUCAACGCUCACAUCAGGUCCUUCAAGCGUUACGAGCAAACUCAAUUUCGGAGAUGCUGCCAUUGUUUCUGGUACUGGCGUUGUUUCAACUCCUAUUAUUACUAAGAAUGCCGAGAUUUUCUACUAUUUGACAUUAGAAUCAUUUUCCGUCGGAACUAAAAGAGUAGAAUUCGCAUCAUCAACUAAUGCUGUUGGUGAGGGUAACAUCAUCAUUGAUUCUGGUACAACAUUAACGCUUCUACCGUCCGACAUUUAUUCUAAUUUGGAAUCAGAAGUUGCAAAAGUAGUGACACUUGAACGUGUUGACGAUCCUGAUGAUUUAUUUAGUCUUUGUUAUACUCUUACAUCCGAAAAACCUGAAUUUCCUGUAAUCACCGCGCACUUCGAAGGCGCGGAUGUUGUGUUGCAACCUAUUAGUACUUUUGUUCAAAUUACUAAUGAAAUUGCUUGUUUUGCGUUUCGACCCGCUCAAGAUCUUGCCAUAUUUGGAAACUUGGCGCAACAGAAUUUGUUGGUUGGUUAUGAUCUUGAAACAAAGAAGCUGUCGUUUAAACCUACUGAUUGUUCUAAAGAGUAA